AUGAUAAGACAGUUCAUAUAUGACAAAAAACAUCCUUUCAUUGAAAGAUAUGACAAAUUUGAGUCAAAUAUCAAAGAUGCAAUAAAAAAAGACAAAGAACUUCUAACAUUCGAAAAAGUUCAAUUGGUUUUUUUCAGUUCAUCAAAAAAUCACUUUUACCUGACAUGCAUAAACUUAGAGGAACCAUCAGUUGAUGCCAUUGACAACAUGAAUUCAGUUGCAAUGCUUAAAAGAGCUUAUCGUGAUGCACCUGAAGAAUUGAAACUACUUUUUAGUAGGUACUUGAUGACUGUCAACAACAAAUCAGCUUUAAGUUUGGAGGGUGUUGAACCAGAUAGGGCAAGUGGAAGCAAGACGAGAUGGAAUUAA